CACCUAUUACCGGCCUGUCUCAGCAGCCUGAGCGACCCAUUCCCUCGUCCGCCCGCCCUCGUGUGAAGACUGCCCCAACACCGCCAGCACAACUCCUCCUCCACCACCGACGCGCCCGUCGCCGCCGUCGUCGAUCCCGCCCGCUGCGCACCGAGAGCGCAAGAGAGCACCGUGCUGCGAACGCCAAUAAUACCACCCCUCCUCGGCGAUUUCCCUCGCUCGCUCGCGGUUCGGUAGCGCUGCUGCAGAGCCGAUCGCUGCUCCAGUUUACGCUGUAUCGAGCGAACACCUGGACUCUGCGCCAGGCCUCACUCGACCCGCUGCGAUUGGCGCCGGGCGACGGCCCUCUUCACCUCACUCUUUCCCACCCCUCCGCUCCUCCGCCACCAUGUCGACCGCUGUAGCAGCUGCGCCGCCGACCACGCUGGCCCCCUCCGUCGAGCGCAUGUCUCCACGUCAGUUCACAGCAAUCGCUCCCUCCACACAUCACGCUUCGGCCGCGAGCGGCGAGCCGGCAGCAAAGCGUGCCCGCAGCAAUGGCGGCUCACCAGAAAGCGCAUCACGGCCAGCUGAUGCAAGCAAAAGCUCACCCAACGGACUUCGAAACGGCGCACCCCCAACGAUCAAGGUGAAGAAGGAGCCCGGAUCACCAGCGCUCGCGUCCUCGAGACCUCGACCGAAGCGACUCGAUCUGUCGUCGAGCAUGGCCGCGAACCGCGGGCCCCAAACCGCUCGACCUUCAGCGCCAUUGACCUCUGGACAGUCAGCGGGCCUGCACAUCCACGACGUCGGCCUCGCGUGUCUCUCGCCUGGAUUCGCUACGCACGACCCGGCCCUACGCGAACAACUGCAGCGGAGCAUGGACGUCCGCGACCAACAACGACAGAUCAUUGAGGCACGACAAAAGGGAGGGAAGUCAGGCAGCUCUGGUGAGCAGGAUGGUCCACGCACUCAAGACACGACGCUCUUUGGUGUACAGACAGGAGCGAGAACGCCGGGCACUUCGAGACGAAAAGGACCGCCGCCAGGCCUUUCCAUCGCAGCUCCCUCUGCCGCACAAUUCGCUCAUGAUAGAGUGAUACAAUCUGCACCACUCCACCAGACUUUCACCGGCCUUCGUCCUGGCGAGUACCCUGCGAGCCGCCACGCACAGCAUGGGCCCAGCGGAUUGAGCCAAACAAGUCACAUCCAUCAUGUACCUGCAACACAAACGAACAAUCGAUUGCCUCCCAUAUCCGAUGUUUUUGCAAACGAUCGAUUUGAGGGUCCACGACAGCACAACAAUUCUCCGGGACAUUCUUCACAUUCUAACAUUCAACCCGCAAUGCCAUCGCCAGGGUUCCCACCUUCACAUCGACAGCAAUCACAACAUCCACCGUUGAGCGCUCGUGAACGAUUUCGAUCUGCGGAGGAAGCUGUGCAAGGACUCUCAGGAGGACGUGAUGAGCUUAUGCCCAAGGUCGUUCAUUAUGGUGGCGUUCAACCGCCAACGCCACCCUCUCCUAUGCCGAACAGUGGCCAGCAUGCAACAUCCGGUGCACAACGGCCUGGGCAACACGAGUAUGGUGCUCGCCCAGACUUGUCCAGGACUCAAUCAAUGAACGGUCGAAGACGCGGACGCGACGAAUUUGAGGCCGAUAAUGGUAGUCCCCCGUCCGCCUUCAAUCGCUCUGAACCCAAACGGACCACAUUUGCAACACGCGGGCACCCCGAAGACGAUGAUGACUGGAAGACGAACAUGAGCAGCGCCGAGAGGCGAGCGGAAUUUCUCCGCCUGUGCGAACGUGCCUGGGACUUAUUCCAUUCAUGACGUGGGCCUAUUGCCCAGCAGCGAAUAUUUUUACAAACCGGCAUAUUCUACAACCAAACAACCGGAUUUCUAUGACAUGAUUUGGAUGUGGAGAAAAGAGGCAAUACUUCGGCACACGGUGAAUGUUUGAAGAAAAUCUCCACGAAAGAAUUGAAAGCAUGUCACUCAUGUGGGGUGAGUGAUGUUUGACGAGGAAGAAAGAAGAUCGAUCGUUUCUAUCAGCGAGAGCGUCUCCCGGGAAGGAUGAUGCGAGAUGUCUUUUUUUGUUGUUCACCACCCACGCACGUUUGUUUGGUUUCUUGAUCUUCUCUUAUGUGUUCUUCUGGCUCGGCUUUUAUCUUAUUCCCCCAACUGACUACAUUAUCAUAUAUGACGGAUGACCCUCGCAAAGAGGGGGAUAUGAGAGUUCCAGCUUCAGGAUUUAUAUUUGAUUGGCAAAUUUAAUGGCGUAGGAUGUAUUUGGGUUCGCGGACUCUGGCGCAGAACAGAGAG